GAAAUAGGUAAUAAACGUAUUGGAAAUUACUUAUCCGAGUGGUACUUCAUAUAAAAAGACAUUUUGUUGGUUUCACUGUCAUCAGUUGAAGCUGCUAGCUUGUGAGUGACAGUGUGUGCUCCCGAAGAAGACAGCUGACGUGCGUUGUGGGCUCAGUGGACAUAGAACAAGAAUCCUCAUAGAUACCACUAACCGCUCAAUCACUAACUGGAAGACGAUGAACGACAGCCAGUUCCGCUCAGCCGCCCACGAGGUGAUCGACUACAUCCUCCAGUACCAGCGGACGGUGCGGGACCGGCCAGUGCUGCCCUCUGUGGAGCCCGGCUACCUGCGCCGGCUGGUGCCCUCCGAGGCGCCACCUACGCCCGAUCGCUGGACAGACGUGCUGGCAGACAUGGAGCGGGUCAUCCAGCCGGGCAUGACCCACUGGCACUCGCCGCACUUCCACGCCUUCUGUCCGCUGGCCAACUCCCCGCCGGCGCUGCUGGCAGAGAUGCUGGCGCACGGCCUCAGCUGCGUGGGCCUCAGCUGGGAGGCGGCGCCGGCCUGUCUCGAGCUCGAGGUGGUUGUGCUAGACUGGCUGGUGCGCCUGCUCGGUCUGCCUGAACACUUCCUGUCCCAGUCAGGCGCUGGAGGCGGCGUCAUCACCGGCUCUGCCACCGAGGGCGUCCUCCUGACCAUUACAGCUGCCCGUGAGAGGGCGCUGAAGGACCUGCGCCGGGACCAGCCAGACCUGGACGAGGCGACUGCGCGAGGCCGGCUGGUGGCCUUCACCUCCGCCCAGGCAAAUCCAGCUAUCCUCAAGGCAGCUGCCUCGGCCGCUGUGCGCAUGCGCGUCCUGCCGACUGACGAUGAAUGUCGUCUGCGGGGAGAUACUCUGCAGGCCGCCGUGGAGGAGGAACUGGCCGCUGGAAACGUGCCCAUCUACGUCCUGGCCACGCUGGGCACCACUGGCACGUGCGCGUUCGACCCGCUGGACGAGCUGGGAGCCGUGUGCCGACAGCACGAGCUGUGGCUGCACGUGGACGCGGCGUACGCGGGCGCCGCGUUCGUCUGCCCCGAGUUCCGCCACCUACUGAACGGCGUGGAGGAGGUCACUUCCUUCAGCUUCAACGCCCACAAGUGGAUGCUGGUCAACUUCGAGUGCGCAGCACUGUGGGUGCGCGACUCGGGCACAUUCACAGCCGCGCACAAGAUCGACGCUCCGAUCCUGCACACUGCCGAGACGACGCUGCCCAACUUCCGCAACUGGUCGCUGGCGCUGGGCCGCCGGUUCCGCGCGCUGAAGCUGUGGUUCGUGCUGCGUCUGUACGGCGUCAGCGGGCUGCAGGAGUACAUCCGCGGGCACGUGCAGCUCGCCAGGCAGUUUGAGGAGCUGGUGAGGCGUGACGACCGGUUUGAGGUGGUGGCGCCCGCCUCGAUGGGCGUGGUGUUCUUCCGCGUGCGCGGAGGGGGAGACUCCGCCACGGAAGAGCUGCUACGCCGCGUGAAUGACGCCAAGAAGGUGUUUAUCGUGAAGACGACGCUGGCCAACGGGGCGCUGGCGGCGCGAUUUGUGGUGGUGUCGCGGGUGACGACCGCCGAGGACGUGGUCACCUCCUGGGAGGAGAUUCGCCGGCACGUCCAGCCGAAUCAGGAAGAGAGCGAGGCGGCCAUGGAAAUGGAGGAGACUGUGACUCAAGAGGAAAGCAUAGUGACGAAAGAGGAAAUUCCAGCCCAAGAGCACAGUCGCGUGACAGGGAAGGUUGAAACCCAUCCUGCGAUACACGAGAAAGAGCUUGAUGGCUGCACCAGCAACACUGGAAAGCUGGAAUCCGACGUGGCUGAAGAUUGCCAGUCUCAAGGCGUCCCUGCGUGUGCAACGACCAGAACCGCUCGCAUGAACCUUACCCGCACAAAGUCCGGGCGAUGGACUGAAGAAAUUCUAGCCCAGCGCGACUUCGAGGCGGAAAUGUAGACCAAAAACUUACUCAACCGUCAGAGCUGGAUGCUCCUCACAGUGCACCCCUCGAUCUCUUAUUAUGUCAUUGAUUUUAUGCGCAGUUAUCCACCACCCAUGCGACUAAGGUAUGAAUGUAAAUUAUAUCAGAAAUAUAGAAGCAUUACUAUUAUGCGCUAAAAUUGGGUUAUAAAAGGCUAAGGCCCCAAAUAAAAGUAGAUAACUGAAUGAUGCAUUAGCUUUGUUUAGCCAUUUCGAGUCUGAUCGUAAGAUUUGUGUCUUUUUUGUUGGACGAUAGAGAAUCCACUAAUUAAGGUAUAAUCAUUUCAUCGUUGUAAUAAUCACCGGCUCAAACGUCUGUUCCAACUGUUUCACAUCAAUGCAUCCUCAUUUAUAGGUGUAUCUGUGCUUAGCAUUUUAACAAUGUCUCCAAUUAUAUUUGUUUUGAUGCAAUGACUGGUUUUAGGUACUUGGUUGCAUGUAUGUACUUGUCAAUAAACGCUUUAUCCGAACCAGUAAAA